CCUCCUUCGUCCGUUGAAAUAUUAGAUCAUUCACAUAACUCGAAGAUCGAAAUAAAAGAAAAUCAAGAGUUCCAUUUGGAGUGCAGAGUGAGAAACGCCAAGCCUGCGGCUAAAAUCGUCUGGUAUAGGGGAAACGUUGAGAUUAAUAUACCAAAUCGUGAAGACCAAACGGUAGAUGUCCCAGCCAAAAACGGUGACAAGCGCAUCACACGGUAUGACACUCACUCCAGGAUCACUCUGAAACCCACUGCUGAAGACGACUACGCCGAAUACACCUGUGAAGCUAGACACGAAGCUCUGUCUCAGGAUUUCCCUAUGAGGACGACCGUUCAACUUAGCGUACUCUACCCCCCUGGUCUCCCCUACAUAGAAGGUUACACCGAAGGGGAAACAAUCAGGAGAGGCCAGAACAUAGAACUGGUGUGCAGGAGUAGAGGGGGUAAUCCCCCUGCUCAACUCAUCUGGUACAAAAACAGCGAGCAGAUCAGAAUGGCAUACAGAACCGCCGGUAGGGUUUCUGAGAACGUAUACACUUUCACGGCCGAUGCUAGCGAUAACAAAGCUAGGUACAAAUGCGAAGCCAGUAAUGUCAUGUCCAAAGCUCCUUUGAAGGCAGAAAUCGACUUGAGCGUAUUGUUUUCUCCAUCACAUGUCACAAUAUCUGGCCCCACAGAGGCUAGAGUAGGCGAUCCAGUGCCCCUAACAUGUACUACAGCUAAUUCUAAUCCGCCAGCUGAAAUUAAAUGGAUGGUGGCUGGUAGGCAGAUUCGCAAUGCUACUUCAAGGACUGUUGUUUCACCAGAAGGUGGCUGGAUCACUACUUCCAACAUAACUGCAGUAGUUGAACCUAACAGAAGGAGCCUAGUCGUUAUUUGCCAUGGAAUCAAUAUGCAACUGACUGAGAACGUUGUUUCUACUCAUACCAUAAAUGUUCUAUAUCCUCCUAGUGCUCCUUUCAUUCAUGGUUUCACGGAAGGUUCUCACAUUUCCGCUGGAACUGUUCAAAAAAUCUCUUGUACCUCUUCAGGGGGUAAUCCUUUGGCAGCUGUGACCUGGUACAAAAAUGACAAAAAAGUUCACUCGACCAUCAAAACCUCGGAUAAAUCUGUUACCGCCGAAAUAACCAUUCUAACGAACGUCACUGACAACGAAGCUAGAUAUAGAUGUGAAGCUGCGAAUUCGGCAACAGAAAUUCCUCUGUUCGAAACCAUCACCAUGCGGGUAUUCUUUCCUCCUGAUCACGUCAAGAUUCGUCAAGACCCAGAAGAGUUGAAACCAAACGAGGAAGCAACCUUGAUCUGUGACUCAAGCUCCAGUAACCCACCAGCCAAACUUUCAUGGUGGCGAGAAGGUAUACCAGUACCAGGACUCGUCAACACCACCAAACCUGGACUCCACGGUGGUACCGUGUCCAGUAUAGAAAUGAAAAUAAACGCUACAGAGCAAAUGAACGGCAUAGUUUACACCUGCCAGGCUAACAACGAGGCUUUACAGAGAUCUGUGCACGAUGCUGUAACUCUUCAAGUUUUAUAUAAGCCUGUGUUUGAUCCUAGCAAUGAGGAAUCUGUGACUGGAAUCGAGGAUGAACGUUUAAUAAUAACGUUGAAAGCUGAGGGUAAUCCUCAAAAUAUUGUCUACACAUGGACGAAAGACGGUCUCCCGAUCACGCAAGCAUCAGCAGUAGUAGGAGUGGAAAGAAUAAUAUCUGAUGGUCCUGUGCUUAAUAUAACGAAACUCAGUAGGCAUGACGCUGGGAGCUAUAGCUGCGAGGCUUCCAACUCGCAGGGUAGUAGUUUGGCUACUGUGAAUAUCACCGUACAAUAUUCGGCUUCCAUAGUGCAAAUAAGCGAGAAUGUUAUAGUGAACGCUAAAGAAGAUGCUACUUUGUCUUGUACUGCUGACGGAAAUCCUCUAGCUGACGAUACCAUUACCUGGAAGAGAGAUGAUUUUCCAGAAUUUGCUGCUCGUACUUCAGUCAUGUAUGAUAAAAAUGGCACUUCUUACUUGAGGAUAUCCGGGGUAACUCGAGAAGACCUCGGGAACUUCCAGUGUAUCGCCAAUAACGGCGUUGGGAAUUCUAGUUCUAAGGAGGUUAUACUGAUAGUCAAACAUAAACCGGAGAUAGAUGAACACCCGCAGUUCCUGAAAUUUGCAGGUGAUGCUGGUGAUACUGGGAAGUUGAUUUGCAGAAGUCAAGCAUCACCUUUGGCUAGGUACACUUGGGCUAGAAAUGGUUCUCCAAUAUCUUCAAACACUACUGGAAAAUAUUACAGUACCUAUAGACAAAUUGACAAUCUGAAAUCGGAGUCGACGCUCUACAUCACCCACGUGACCUCUGCCGACUACGGCCUGUACGAGUGCGUCGCAAGAAACGAAUUGGGGUUCUCGACCGUCUCCCCACGCCUGGAAGUCACCUCUCCCCCGGACACUCCGACUUUGCUCACGGUGAUCAACGUGACUCACGACACCGUUUUGCUCGGCUGGACGCCAGGUUUUGACGGCGGCAUGAAAGCCUCCUACAGGAUCAGGUAUCGGAAGGUGGACGAAGAUGGGUACAAGUACGAGGAUGUCGUUGGGGGCAACGUGACCAGUUAUGUGGUGAGGAACUUGGAGGUGAACACCCAGUACGUGUUCUCGAUCAUGGCCUCCAACAAGCUGGGGAAUAGCAAGUUCAUGCCCGAUUUGUUGUCAGCCAAAACUUCAAUGUUUGUUGGCGAUCAUGUCGAAAAAGUGAUUCCGGAGGACUUGCUGGAAAAACAGGAUUUGCCGAGGAUUUUGAUAAUAAGCGUGUCAGUUGUGGGCGUUAUUCUUUUGUUCAUAAACAUUGGCUUAGUGGCUGGAUGUAUGCUCAAAAGGAGAGCGAAAAGAAUGAGAGAACAAACCAAUCAGACGUCGAAAUCUGCGACGAUCGAAAUGUACGCCCCGAGCAGCUACAACGACACUGUCACAGGGGAAACGCUGUCUUCGGUGAGCGAGAAGAGCGAAACUUACAGCAACGAAGGUAGCAACCAUGAUUACGUGGACGAGGGCAGGAAGCCGGCCUCCAACUCGUACCUGAUCGAGCACCAGCCGGACUAUCCAGGGGCGUACACGGCCUACGAGAUGCAGAUGCCCGCGCAAACGGGCACGCUGGGCAUGGCCCACACGACCCACACGCUUCCCCAUCCCCACCACCACCGCCACAUGGCGCACGACCAGCGGCCUAGAGCCAGGGACGACCAGAGUCUCGGGUACCAUGGCGGCAUGUCAGCGAAAUCAUCGUACGUCAGCGCACCCACCCCCACUCCGCCCGCAGACGGCUCCUACUACAACAUGUCGGACCGCUACCUCUCCUACCCGCCGCCGCUGGACUUUCAGCCCGCCCCGCCCCUCGCGGACCACGCCCACCUAUCUCAUGGCCACGCCCCCGCCACGCCUCCUCUCCCCGCCAACGGGCAGGCGCUGCGCGUGCGCGGUGUGCCGCCGCCAGACGUGUUGCGCAACACCAGCCAGAAUGCGCAGAUGCUCGGCCAGAAUGCGCAGAUCCUGCAGGCGCAGUCGCUGGCGCAGAAGAGGGAGUUGAGCAGUUUCGGGAACGGGUAUGGGGGAAGUGAACAGGAGGGACAUCUGGUGUGA